AUGUAUUUACCUGAUGUGGCCUACCGUGAUAAAGGACGAGGAGAUAUCAGAUAUUUACUUAUAGAACGAGAUAAAGGACGAGGAGAUUUCAGAUAUUUACUUAUAGACCGAGAUAAAGGACGAGGAGAUAUCAGAUAUUUACUUAUAGACCGUGAUAAAGGACGAGGAGAUAUCAGAUAUUUACUUAUAGACCACCGUGAUAAAGGACGAGGAGAUAUCAGAUAUUUACUUAUAGACCGAGAUAAAGGACGAGGAGAUUUCAGACAUUUACUUAUAGACCGUGAUAAAGGACGAGGAGAUUUCAGACAUUUACUUAUAGACCGUGAUAAAGGACGAGGAGAUAUCAGAUAUUUACUUAUAGACCGUGAUAAAGGACGAGGAGAUUUCAGAUAUUUACUUAUAGACCACCGUGAUAAAGGACGAGGAGAUAUCAGAUAUUUACUUAUAGAUCGAGAUAAAGGACGAGGAGAUUUCAGAUAUUUACUUAUAGACCGUGAUAAAGGACGAGGAGAUAUCAGAUAUUUACUUAUAGACCGUGAUAAAGGACGAGGAGAUAUCAGAUAUUUACUUAUACACCGUGAUAAAGGACGAGCAGAUUUCAGAUAUUUACUUAUACACCGUGAUAAAGGACGAGCAGAUAUCAGUCAUUUACUUAUAGACGGUGAUGAAGGACGAAGAGAUUUCAGAUAUUUACUUAUAGACCUGAUAAAGGACGAGGAGAUUGAUUUCAGACAUUUACUUAUACACCACCGUGAUAAAGGACGAGGAGAUAUCAGAUAUUUACUUAUAGAACGAGAUAAAGGACGAGGAGAUAUCAGACAUUUACUUAUAGACCGUGAUGAAGGACGAGGAGAUUUCAGAUAUUUACUUAUAGACCGUGAUGAAGGACGAUGA